GCUAGCGUUUACAGGGCUUAGGAACUGCAUUGUAAUUGCAACUUUUUAGUAGGGUUCGCGCCUUUUUGACCCUCACGCGUUGUUUCCACCCUACGUUCUUUUGCUACUUUAAUAACCACAACAUAUCGAUGACAACCGACAAGAUAUUAUAGGGGUUGAUAUUGGUGUCGGAUCCACCGGCUGUUGUUGUGAAAAUGGCAGUGCAGGCAGACGUGCCGGGGCUUCUGGCCAAGCUUGCUGGUGUAUACUUAAGCAACGCAGGGGUACCAGAGCAUGAAUUGCCACGACGGCAAGCCAUCGCGCUUAGGACGAUGUCAGGCAUCCUUGGCAGCUCCAUGUAUGCCCGCAGCAGCCUGGAGGGCGGAGGCGAUGACAUUGCGCUUGUACAAGCAUUGCGCAAGGACCUUGAAGCUGCUGGCACGGACAAGUCCAAGAUGGACAAGCUUCCUGAGCUCUGCAACCGCCUAAGCUCCGGUGCAGGCCGUCCCGGCCUGAAUCCCCGUCUUCGCACGGCGCUGCUGCUGCUACUUCGCCAACUUCGGGGAGACAGCCGGCUGGCGGGUGCGGGGGCGAGCGGCCGCAUUCCAGCCUCCUUCAGCCUCACCCAGUCCCUGCAACUCGGUGGUCUGCCCUCUACCUACAUCCCCGGACCCACGCCCUCCCUCCAGCAACCCCAACAACACCCCCAACGACCGGCAUCAGGCGGUCCUCAGCAGCACCACCAGCACCCGCAUGCACGACCCAUCUCGGCAACGUCGUACUCUGGCCCGGUUUCGGGGCUCAUAAGGCCCACCAGUGUGGUCACUCCCUCCGAGAUGGGGGACGACCCGGCGCUGUCGGCGGAGUUCAGCCGGGCUUCACUGCUGGCCGGCCUCAACGAGGGGGGCGACUACUUCCUCCGCUCCUCGAUCGCUCCCGGGUCAGGUGGGGGAGCUGGGGCUGCUGCAGCUGCUUCUGGAGGAGGAGGCGGAGGAGGGGGCGAGCUGCUAGCCACCGGGCCGCCUGGGGGCACCCUCACGGCCACCUCGGAGUCCUCCCUGGUGCGUGACGUGCUGUAUGCGGCGCAGGGGGUGAGCGGCCGCUUCGUCACCUUCAUGUCAGGAGCAGCAGCAGGGGGAGGGGGUCGGGAGGUGACGUCGGGGUUCCGGCUGGAGGGCGGUGUGGCCGCAGGUGUGGGGCCGGGCCGGGCCAUGCUGGUGGAGCGGUUGACGGAGCUGGGCUGGCUGUUCAGACGUGUCCGCGAGCACAUCUCCAGCAGCACGGGCCCCGGUGAGGCCAGUGUACGGCAGGCGCUGGGAGCCGCGCUGGCGUCCGAGGUGGGCGACUUUUACCGCCUGCUUGCGCUGCUGGAGGCGCAGGCGGGGCAGCCGCUGCCAACACCGGGGGACCCCCUGGACCCGGACGGCUCCUCCAGCGGGCACUACCUGACGCUGCGGCGGCUGCUGUGUUGGCUGUGCGAUCCGCUGCGGCGCAUGCGGCUGCUGGCGGCGGUGGGCGAUGCGGCGGAGGGGCUGGAGGGGGGCGCGCUGGCGGGGGCGGUGUACGAGUACUCCCUGCAUGGGGAUCCCUUUGUGGCGGCCAAUGCGGCGAAGCUGCUGCAACAGGUCUGCGUGCCCCUCUACGCCAUCAUCCGCCGAUGGGUGCUCGAAGGCGAGCUAGACGACCCAUACAACGAGUUCUUUGUCGUACAACACCAAGCCGCCGCCGCCGUCUCCGCCGCACUAGCAGCCGCCACCGCCGCCGCCGCUGGUGGCGGCGGCAUCGGCGGCGGCCCCGGCGGCGCCCCCCCUGCCCUGGACCUCUGGCGUCAGAGCUACGGCCUGGAUGAGUCCCGGCUGCCCCCCUUCAUAGGGCCCUCCCUGGCGCAACGCAUCCUGCGUGCCGGCAAGGCCAUCCACUACCUCAAUCUGGCCUGCGGGGACGGCGGCUGGGUGCAGCAGCGGGCGGAGGCGUGGGCUCGUUGCCCGCCGGCGGCUGCGGCGGCGGCAGCGGCGAGCGGUUCUGGGGAGCUUGCUGGCCUGGAGGUGUUGGUUUCGGAGGCGGUUCGUUCGGUUGACGAGCGGCUGCUUGCCGUCAUCUGGCGGCGGCACCGGCUGCGGGCGCACCUGGGGGCCAUCCGGAGGUUCCUGCUGCUGGGGCAGGGGGACUGGGUGACCGCCUUCAUUGACCUGGCCCAACGUGAGCUGGACAAGCCCGCGGGGGAUGUGAGUGAGGUGCAGCUCAGCAGCUGCCUGCGCCAGGCGCUCACCGCAACCAACGUACUGG